AAGCUUUUGUGGAGACUGUCUCUGAGCUUUACGAAAAAGAAAAGAUUGCCUUCACUUGAUUUGCGCAUCACGACCAUGCACCAACAAAUAAGCUCCGCAAACCAUCGUUGACUGCUGAACGCGAGCGGGGCAACCGCUCUACGCACAAGCGUUGUGGUGCAGUUUCUACCUCCAUGUCUCAACGAGCAGACAAGCAUCGGAAGACGGGCGACUCAUGCGGAAAAUCAGCUGCUCGGCAGCGAUGUAGCUGCAUUUUACAACAUUCAUGCUUCUAUGAAUCAACAUGGUAUCAUGAAAAACGCACUGUAAACCAGAUAUCGAUCCUAAAGCCUUUCCUUGGCUGCCGACAAUACCAGACGACGCAAACACCACCACCCCUGUUAGAACGCUACCGCAAGGCGGCUGUGGCGCCGAAGAAAGAAAAGUCGAGAAGAAUACAGGCUGAUUCGUUUAACAUGACUCAGGCUACUGUCACUUGCUGUACCAACAAAUCAGAAAGCUUUUCUAACGUCCAAGACAAGCAUAUACCAAGUAAAGAUCUAGUCAUGCGAGUUCUUUCGGUCUUCGUUAUCGUAAUUACUGGCGACUCCUCGAUGAAGGGCAUUUCUAUCCCGGGUCACUUUUGAAGAAUGCCAUCAAGUUAGGCAUAUGUGUUGGAGAUCACUUCCGGUGUUACUGAGACUCUCACCCCAUGAGUAUGGCAUCCCCUGCCGAUGAUGAGCCACGGAACGUCAAAAGUACCUUGUCUUG